GAUCUCAUCAAUGCAAAACUGAUAGAGCAAACACAGAUAAAUUUGUUGGUUUCUAAAGAUUUUUAAAUGAAUACUAACUGUUCAUUUAAUAGUGUAAUUACAUUGUGGACAGAUGGAAAUUUACCUUAAAAGGCAGUUGCCGAUAGCGGCAUGCUUAUACCUCGGUCAAAUGAUGGUGGGGUAUUCAAUGGGUUGGACGGCGCCCGUGAUCCCGAAACUCCAGGACCCUGAGCUAACCCCAUUGCCUGACGUCAUCACGGAUGGAGAAGGUUCUUGGAUCGGAUCUGUGCUUUACAUUGGUACUAUCAUAGGUCCAUAUGUGGCUGGAUAUUUCUCGAACACGAUAGGCCGAAAGCCCUGCCUCUAUAUGGGCGGUGGUGUCACUCUUGCCUCUUUCUUAUUCCUGGCCUUAGCCAACAGGUUCUACCUUAUUAUAAUUGGUAGAAUCCUGGUUGGUUUGGGAAGUGGCACCAUCGCUAUUGUCAAUUUGGUUUACAUCGGUGAGAUAGCCUCCACAAACAUUAGAGGCAUUUUAUUGACAGCUUCUGGAAUUUUCGGCACAUUUGGGACGUUAGUUGUCUACUCCGUGGGUCCUUAUAUACCUUACUCAGCUACAGGAUAUCUUGGAGUGGCACUAUCCUUCAUAUACAUUGCUGGAGUCUAUUUUAUACCGGAGACUCCAGUUUUUCAUAUUCUCAAAGGUAAUGAAACCGAAGCAAGAGAAACCUUACUAUCGAUCGGCAGAGAAGAAGACAUAGACAAAAUGAUAUCAGCCAAAGAAGACAUACCAACACCGAACAAGAUCCAAGACUGGGUUGAAAUGUUUACUAUUAAAAGCAACAGGAAAGCUAUAUUCAUAACACUAACUCUAGGAAUAUUAUUGCAAAUGAGCGGAGUGGUCGCUGUGAUAUUCUUUGCUACGACAAUAUUCGAACUAGCUGGUUCGUCUAUUGAGCCGAAUAUAGCUACAAUUAUUAUAGGAGUUACGCAAAUUGUCUCCAGUAGUAUAGCGCCGUUCUUCGUAGAGAGAACUGGAAGGAAAUCAUUACUUUUGUGGUCUACCGGAGCUUGUUGCUUGAGUUUGGCUGUUUUGGGUAUAUUUUUCUAUUUGGAUCACAUUAAUCACUCGUCAGUGCCCAACAUAAAAUGGCUGCCGCUUGCCUCUUUGAUCUUGUUCUUCUUGUCUUAUGAUAUGGGUUUUGGCAUCAUACCUGGCACAUUUAUUGGAGAAAUGUUCCGCGCCAACGUCAGGAGUACAGGAUCCACUUUCUCAUCCACCGCGAGUUGGCUCGUUGGCUUCGGAGUAUCCACUGCAUUUGGCUACAUGCUCCCAGCGCUUGGAGGGCACGUCACCUUCUGGAUUUAUUCUGGAUCUUGCGCUUUAGCUUUCCUCUUUACUGUGAUAUUUGUACCUGAAACUAAAGGCAAAAGCCUUCUUGAAAUUGAGGAAAUGUUGAGCAAAAUCUUCGCCAGUUCAUUUCCAAACAUGUUCGCGAACGUGGAACCUUAUGUCUCGCGACAGAUACUCAUUACGGCUUGUUUAAACAUAGGACAAAUGUUAAUCGGCUAUGAAAUAUACUGGACGGGUCCUGUCAUCCCCAAGCUUCAGAAUAUCGAAGAAACACCUCUUACACGCGUCAUAUCCGCCACUGAAGCCUCCUUGGUAGCUUCGUUAAUUGGUAUUGGAGCCGUUGGAGCUUUUGCCGCUGGAUAUGCCGUUAACUUGAUCGGCCGUCGAGCUUGCCUCACUCUUGCAGGAAUCUUCAUGACUAUUUCACAUCUGAUCGUGAACUUUCCCGCUUCAAUAGGCAUGAUUUACGCUGGAAGAAUUUGUAUAGGAGCCAGCAUAACUUUAUUGUCGUUAACAGCAUUCAUAUAUCUUGGAGAAAUAGCGUCUCCAAACAUACGCGGCACGUUGAUGUCAUCAGCGAGCGUUUUCCAUUCGCUGGGCGGUUUUCUGGUGUACUGCGUGGGCCCUUACGUCUCGUACGCAGAAAUUGGAUAUGUGCUUAUUGGCAUAUGUGUUAUUUAUACUGCCACAAGUUUCUUUAUACCUGAAUCUCCCUUAUAUUAUGUGAUAAAAGGCAAUGAAGAGGCAGCAAAAGAAUCCCUUCGCACAUUAGGGCGAAAUGAUGACAUCAACACUGAACUAAAGACGAUGAUGGAGCAGGUUCUCGGAACUAAAAGCAAUUCUUAUCUCUGGAGGGAACUCUUUACCGAUAAAAGCAACAGAAGAGCUCUCUGCGUCACAAUACCUUUAUACAUAUUUCAACAAUUCAGUGGAAUCGUAGCUGUCAUAUUCUUCGCUACGACUAUCUUCAACAGCGCCGGAUCGUCGAUACAACCUCAUAUAGCUACCAUGAUAGUUGGAGCGACGUCAUUAUUUAGUUCAAUAUUUUCUCCGAUGUUCAUUGAUAAGCUUGGAAGAAAGAUAUUACUAAUCAUAUCAACGGCUGGAUGCUGCGUCUCGAUGACUGUCGUAGGGAUGUACUUUUACUUGGACUACAUAGGAAAUUCAUCUGUUUUAUCGCUAAGAUGGCUGCCUCUGGUGUGUUUAGUAACGUCUUUAUUUUUCUACGGUAUAGGUCUAACCAUAAUCCCCAACACACUAACCGGUGAGAUGUUUAGUCCUUCUGUGCGUGGGAUCGGAUCGUCCAUAACUAUGUGCGUGGGAUUAAUAUCUGGAGUAAUCUCUAAUACAAUGUUUGGUUUUAUUGUGGAUGCAAUUGGAAUCUAUGCUUCCUUCUGGAUAUACGCGGUUGUAAAUGCAACAGCUCUGGUGUUUGUUAUUGUCGUCGUGCCCGAGACCAAAGGAAAGACUUUAACCGAAAUUGGAAACAUGAUGGGAGAAACAUAUUGAAAGAAUGGAAUAAUAAUAAAUUAUUAAGCGAAUUGAA